UCGUCCACGCGACACUCCACGGGCAGACAAUCUCGCCUCUUAGUGCUCCUCCACAUGUUAUCGCUCCUUCACUACGCUGCGUAAACGCGUGUUCUUAGCCAUAAUCAGCCGUGACUGUUACGUUAAAAGAACGUCGUUCGAUCCGAACAAAAUAUAUUUUCUUGGAAGGGCGAAGUUGAGCGGCGGGUAAGAAAGAACCAUGCUGGGGAAGUUGGCCGUGGAUGGCCAGUUAGCGUUUAAGGUGCGUGCUUUCAAAGCGUUAGGUUCAAUUUUAAAGCGAAAUGGCAAAGGGACAAGAAAAGGAAAGUAGAAGGUGGGACGUAUUGGUUUCCCUUUGUAGAAAGUGCGAGGCAAGCGUGUGCCCAGCGGGGUGGGCAGGCACGGAAAAGUGGGUGGUAGCAGCUGAAGCGUUAGCAAAAAUCACCAUUCUAUUUUAACCGUCAACGCUGCCGACAAGCCGCGCACUAGUCUGCCCAGUCAGCGGAAACCUUUCCCGGUGUCAGGGAUACCAACAGCGGUGUGGAUCACUGGCGAUGUGACCCACGGAAGGUGGAUCUCUUUUCUUCCAUGGGAAUUGACUGAGCUCGAGUCCGCUGCACCUUCUCUCUGAACUUUGUCGGGGGCCACUGUUCCACUUAACCACCCUAAGGGAGAGCUCCAAUUUGCCUGGAACACUGGAUAGACGGACGGACGCACUGCCCCGUGUUCUACUUUUCAUGGAUUCCAGGGUGGCUCUGCUGCACUUAUGGACAUUCCUUGUCCUGACAGCAGAACUGAAUUGGAUUGAUACCGCAGAGGUCUACACAAACGACUGGGCUGUCCAUAUUAAUGGGGGCCCUGAGGAGGCUGACCGCAUCGCUAAAGAACACGGUUUCAUCAACCAUGGAAACGUUUUUGGAGAUUAUUAUCACUUCAGACAUCACGCCGUGGAGAAGAGAGCUUAUUCUGGCCACAGAAGGAUGCACCUCAGACUACAACAAGAAGCACAAGUUCUAUGGGCAGAGCAGCAAGUGGUGAAAAGGAGGAAAAGGAGGGAUGUCUUUGAGGACCCAACAGACCCUGAUUUCCCCAAGCAGUGGUACUUGUCCACCCCAACUCAUCAGGACUUGAAUACCAAAGUAGCCUGGGCUCAGGGUUACACUGGAAAAGGUAUUGUGGUGACUAUUCUGGAUGAUGGCAUUGAAAAAGACCACCCUGAUCUCAUCAGCAAUUAUGACCCAGAGGCAAGCUACGACGUUAAUGAUGGAGAUGCUGACCCCCAACCAAGAUACACCCAGCGUAAUGAGAACAGACAUGGGACUCGAUGUGCUGGAGAGGUUGCAGCUUCAUUUAACAAUGGCGUUUGUGGCGUGGGUGUAGCCUAUAAUGCUAAAAUUGGAGGAGUCCGUAUGUUGGAUGGGGAGGUGACAGAUGUGGUGGAGGCCCACUCUCUUAGCCUCAACCCGCAGCACAUCCAUAUUUACAGUGCCAGCUGGGGUCCAGAAGAUGAUGGCAAGUCGCUGGAUGGCCCUGCUAAACUGGCCAAGGAGGCUUUCCAGCAGGGAAUCACAAGGGGACGGAGUGGACUUGGCUCCAUUUUCAUCUGGGCCUCAGGAAACGGUGGCAGAGAGCAGGACAACUGCAACUGUGAUGGUUACACCAAUAGCAUUUUCACAUUGUCCAUCAGCAGCACGACGCAGUCCGGCAGCGUGCCGUGGUACAGUGAACCAUGUGCCUCCACCCUUGCUUCUACCUUCAGCUCGGGAAACCCAGGGGAGAAACAAAUAGUGACAACAGACCUCAGGCAGAAAUGCACAGACUCUCACACUGGAACGUCAGCUUCAGCACCCCUGGCUGCUGGGAUCAUUGCUCUGGCACUGGAGGCCAAUAUGAACCUCACCUGGAGGGACAUGCAGCACUUGGUGGUUAGAACGGCCAGGCCCAAAAACCUCAGCGCGGGAGACUGGAGGACGAACGGUGUGGGACGCAGAGUGAGUCAUUCCUACGGUUAUGGUCUCCUGGAUGCCGGAGCAAUGGUGGCUUUAGCAAAGAACUGGACCAGAGUGGGGCUCCAGCACCAGUGUAAUCAUACCAUGCUCACAGAACCAAGAGAUAUCGGUAGCAAGCUGGUGUUCAGUAAGAGCAUUGAUGCCUGCUGGGGGCGGCCCAACUACGUCAGCUCUCUGGAGCACGUUCAAGCUCGUCUCACUCUCCUCCACAACCAGAGAGGAAAACUGGCCAUUCAUCUCGUCAGUCCACUGGGAACACGCUCCACCCUCUUGUUUCCCAGACCGAAUGACUUCUCCACUGAGGGAUUCAAUGACUGGGCCUUUAUGACAACCCACUCGUGGGAUGAGGAUCCUCAAGGAGAAUGGACCUUGGAAAUAGAAAACGUUGCACCGAAUGGCCGUGACUAUGGUGUGUUGAGUCAGUUCAAUCUCAUCCUGUGGGGGACAGGUCCGAGUGUGAUCAGCCCCUUGUCAUCUGACUUUCCUCGACCCUCCAACAACAGUUGCAAGACGUUUGAUGCCCAGCAAAUCUGCAUAGAAUGCAGUCCUGGCUUCUCGCUCUUCCUCCAAGGCUGCGUGAAGUUUUGUCCUCCUGGUUUCACGUCAGGUCCUCAGCUCCUCAACCUGUCCCUGGAGAACUGGGUGGAAUUGUCUUCUGUCCAAGCCUGCCUGCCCUGUCACCCCACAUGUUUGACCUGCUCUGCCCUGGGUCCCUCCGACUGUCUUUCCUGUUCGCCUCACAGCCGCCUGGUCCUCGCGUCCUGCCUCCACCAGAACCAAGUCCAACGCAAAUCCCCCUCGGCCGCAGGUGAGCCUGCAGGAGACGUUCCAGCAGCAGCAGAGGAGGAUAAAAGAGCAGGUAAGACGCCUCCUGACCUCAGCGCGUCUCCGCCCACUCAACUUCCUGCCGUGGUGGCUGUGCUCAGCUGUGCCUUCAUCCUGGUGGCCUUUGUGGGAGUUUUUCUCUCACUGCAGCUGCGCUCCGGCGGCGCGUCCUCCAGCUGGAGGACCAAACUGACCUCCGUGUGCUCCGACAUGAGGGGGGGGCCGCGGGUGACAUUCGGUUUGGGCUCGGGCCGAGGUCAAACGUCGAAGGCUCGCAUUUGCUACAGGGGGAUCCCCACCGUGUGGGGGGACGAGGACAUGGCCGCCUACGAGUCUGAAUCAGACAGCGAGGAAGUGGACAGCCGCAGUGAAAGGACAGCUUUCAUCAAAACGCAAAGCGCCAUCUAGCUGGCGUGACGGAGAUGACACAUGGCGAGAGGUCCUUUGUAGCCUGGGGAAAAAAGGCCUUAUUGUCCUAUUCCUUUUUUGUUUUGUAUUUAUUCAAACGUGUUAUUUUAGUCUUUAUUUAAUGAUUUAAGUCAUGAUUCAGUGCUUCAAGCAGCUACUAAUGUUGUUAGUGCAGAGAUUCUUUAACAAAACAUGAUUUUACUCAAUUAAGUCCCAACCAAAGUUUGAAUUCUAGCUAAUGUUGCAUAAAUAUCUUUUAUCUGGCAAUAACGUUCAUGAAAACUAUAUUAACUCAUUGUUGUCAUCAUCUCUAACCAUCUGUUCUGUGGCCCUAUUUCAGUCUUUAAUCUUAAAUUGCUAAUCAAAUUGAACCCUCUAAGACUCCAAAUGUCACUGAUUAUUACGAAUAUGAACAUUGCACAUCAAAGUUCAGUUCAGUUUCAGUUUAUUUGGAACAUGCAUACGAUACAAUGUAAUGCAUCACACAAUUCCAGUUGUUUCGUUACAGCACGUCCAAAAAGGAGUUGGAAGAAGCUGAGCUUAUUUAAUCAUACCUCUUUUCAUACCAUAGCAGUUUUAUCCCAUUCCCUUGUUCUCUGUAACAGAACAGUGAAUAAAUAAAUAAUAAAUAAAUAAUAUACCAUAGUAAGUAAACUAAUAUUAAAUACAUAAAUAAUCUGUAUCUCAAAAGGAAAAAAAAAAAGGGUUCAAGAUGUUCAUCAUAAUUCUUGUUCUGUGUACUUUGUGAACACUUGUAGUUUGAACAGUUUCUUAAACUGAAUCAUAUUGGUGCUUUGUUUGAUUUAUUUGCUUCAUCCAUUCCAUAAUUUAAUUCCACAUACUGAUAUGCUAAAGGUUUUAAGUGUUGUACGAGCAUACAAAUGUUUUAAAUUUGAUUUUGACCAACUUUUUUGACUUGUUUAUUAUACAUGCUAAAAUGGAUUCAGUGUAGUUUAGCUGCUAGAAAGGAUAUAUUAGGCCUGUGAAUCUUUGGGCAAAACCCGAUUCGAUUCAGUUCUUGGGGGUAACAAUUCAAUUCAGAAUCAAUUCUCGAUUUUAAAAUUAAUACUUUUUUAAUAACAUUUGGUGUCAGUGCUAUGAUUAACUACAUUCCUCCAUGAAACGGAUACACAGCUGUGAUACAUUUAUAUAUUACUUUAAAGAAAACUGGUUUUGUUAAAAAAAAAUGAUAUCCAAACAUUUAAUAAAGUCAAAUACACAUAAGGCAAAAAGAGAAGUAUCUCACACUUCUCUUUUGUAAAGUAAAUGUGUACAGCAGAUAUGGGCAUCUACAUCAACUAUAUGAUUUGCCUGAGUAGCUAGAAAAAACACAAAACAUUUUUUUUAAUCGAUUAAGAAUCGUUACAAGUAAGAAAAGUAAAAAAAAUGUUUUUUGUUUUUUUUGGGGGGGGGACACUCUAUGGUAUACAAUUUAUUUAUGAAGUGAUAAUUUUUUGCGUUUACAUAGAGCACUUCAGCAUAUUUUCACCAAAUUACACCAAAGUACAAGAAUCAUGAAAUGUUCAUAAUGUUUCAUCUAAUGCGGGUUAAAAUACACUAAAGUAUUUAAAUAUAUUUGAACAAAACAAUAAAUAUUUCUUAGUAUUGAUUUUUGCAACUUUUUUUUUUUACGUGAAGUGGCCUGAAACAUUUAUUUGGCCUGCAUGGUCAUUUAAUGUUUUUUUUUCUGGACUGUAGAGCGCAUCAGUAUAUAAGCCACACCCAUUACAUUUUUGAAAAAAUAAAAAUAUUUUUCCAUAUUUUAGCUGCACUGGACUAUAAGCCGCAGAUUACGUUGUGACAUUAAUUAUUUACAUAGAAAGAUUCUGUUAAUGUUUAUUUACAUACCUUAAUUGUUUCCAAACGGCUGAUCAAACAGAACAAUAACAAUAACUCCACGGUGACGUCUUGGUGAAUUUACGAAAACUGAGAAAGAAAAGAAAAUGACAUUGUAAAUUAAUAAUUCUAACACAGACACUCGUAAACCUGUUAGCAUAUUAGCUAAUGCUAACAACGCUAGCUUCAUUACAUUACGAUAGCACGUACAAAUAUGCAUGAAAACACUCCUACAGACGUCACACAUGGGACGAUUUAGUAAGUAAGAAUUGUUCUAGUUAUAUUGUAAAACUUACAAACGUUGCUUGGAGGGAUGAAUGAAUAAUCCAUCCGAGUAGAAACGCUGUGCACAAUUAGACGGAACGGAAAUUGUACUUCUGGUUGAAAGCUCUAAACAGAAGGGCACUGCAGCACCCGCAGUUAGGAAACUCGUCCAAAAAAAUGGCACCGUAGCACAAACAAUAACACACCUUUUCAGUGUAUUUGGUAGUUGUUUUUACAAACUAGUUGCAUUAUAGACGUCAGCGAAUAAAUAUUGGGUUUUUGUAUACGGUAUUUAGCUAGCAACGUCAUCUAUGUGGCCUACAACGUCAUUUAAUUGACAUGUAAUUAUUUUUUGUGACCUGCAACAUUAUUUAUAUACAAAAUAAGUUAGUCGGUCUGCAACGUCACCUAUAACGUUAUUGAGGUGGCUUCCGACGUCUUUUCAAUUGCCCGCAUUUAAGAGUGGCCUGCAACAUCAUUAAAGUCAGAUAAAUGUAAGACUGUGAGGUCCGCUUUAAAAUUCUUCACCUUUUACCUGUUUUUUAAACACGCUGAAUGCUAAGGCAACGUCAUCUUUGUGGCGUGCAACAUCAUUUCAAUUGCUUGCAAUGUCGUUCAACUGACCAGUAUUGUCAUUUAUAUGGCUUCCAACACAAUUUAAUCGACUAGAAACAUAAUUUAAUUGGUCUGCAAUGUCACCUGUAACGUUAUUAAGGUGGUCUCCAACAACCUUUAUGUGGCCGGCAAGAUAAUUGAAGUGGCCUGCAAAUGGACUACCGUAUUUUUCCAACUAUAAGUCGCUCCGCAGUAUAAGUCACACCGGCCGAAAAUGCAUAAUAAAGAAGAAAAAAAACAUAUAUAAGUCGCACUGCAGUAUAACUCGCAUUUUUGGGGGAAAUUUAUUUGAUCAAAUCCAACACCAAGAAUAGACAUUUGAAAGGCAGUUUAAAAUAAAUAAAGAAUAGUGAACAACAGGCUGAAUAAGUGUACGUUAUAUGACGCAUAAAUAACCAACUGAGAACGUGCCUGGUAUGUUAACGUAACAUAUUAUGGUAAGAGUCAUUCAAAUAACUAUAACAUAUAGAACAUGCUAUACGUUUACCCAACAAUCUGUCACUUCUAAUCGCUAAAUCCCAUGAAAUCUUAUACGUGAAUGAGCGAAAUAAUAUUAUUUGAUAUUUUACGGUAAUGUGUUAAUAAUUUCACACAUAAGUCGCUCCUGAGUAUAAGUCGCACCCUCGGCCAAACUAUAAAAAAAACUGCGACUUAUUGUCCGAAAAAUACGGUACCUUGUCAUAUUUCUUGUGUUAGUCAUUUUCAAAUUGGCAGAUUUAGACUGACUGCAAUAUGUUUUUCACUUUUAAGUUCAUAUUAUGUGAUGCAACAAUUCAAUGCUUUUGUGGUGGUUGCCUCCUUAUUUGCCAUCAGCUGUUAACACAGUUAGUUUUUUAUACCAGCUGUCCCUCCUAACACGAUUUUCAUAUUUCAAUGAGCGUGCGAUCAGCACUGGAAAGCUCCAAUGGAUGAGUUAGUUUUGCCGCUACACUAACUUUGUUCAAACACAUUGUAUAAUAGCACAAAACACUUUGUCUUCUCUCAUUUCAAAAAUAGCUAUCCACUACUUUGCAAGUAAAAAACAAUCAUCUCAUUCAGAGGUAAUUAUGAUAAUAAUUGAGAUGAAGCACUCAAACAUAGCUUGGAUGUGUCACCUCUGCAUCCAAUAUUCACUUCAUCACGUUGGAUGUACAUUUACUGUUUCAGGAGAAACUAUGGAUCAUUUUGCCAAAAUGUUUUUUCCUUUGUGUCAUUUCUAGCAAAAAUCAAUUCAUUCAACAAUUAAAAAUGUGCUUGAACUCCAAACAAUUCCCAUGUAGAAAAGCUUGAUGCUGGUAAGUCUGUUUGCUUUAUUUUGCAGCAGAGAGGUUGGUUUGUUGUCAGACAUCGUGUGUCUUUGUUCAGCCUCCGCCAAUAUGUACAACUAAGUUGCCUUUUGUGACAGAGGGGACAUAUUGAACAAAGCAUUUUCGUGUGAAAAGAUUCUUCUGGUUUAAAAAAAAAAAAAAGAAUUGUAAUAUAUUGCAGUUUAUAACUUUUUUUCUAAAAUUGCACUUCAUGCUGGAAUAAAACGUUUUUGUUAGCAUUGAUUGUCUUUGUCCAACACACACACACACACACACGCACGCACACACACUUGUGACCUCCGAAAAAUGUCUACCUCGAGCAUUAUGAUAAAA